AUGACACCUCAGCAAUCUCCUCUCUUUACACCACUAGCCACACCUCGAUUUACACCAACUCCAACUCCAGGACCUCAAUCCGCUACUCCUACGCCAGCGCCAUCUACUCCAGCUCCCCAAUCAGUUGCUUCAACACCAGCCGCUCACUCCAUCGCCUCAACAUCCGCACCAUCCUCCGUAGCAUUUACACCAGCACCUGAGUCUUCAUCCAGGGGCCAAGUAACAUAUGAUAUGGGACCUCCGCCCAAGAAGAAGAGAGGACCAAAGCCAAAGCCGUUGUCAGAACGUAAAGUGCUACGGACUACACCGAUUGUGCGAAAGGAGGCUAGUUAUUCGAAGAGGAAGAAGGAGGAGGUUAUCAUGUGGAUGCUUCAUCAUCGUGUUGAUCGGGGGGGAGAAAUGGUGCCGCCUUCUACGACGGAUGCGGAGAAUCACUUUCGGAUUCCGAGGAGUACUAUUGCUGGGUGGAAGAAAGCUAUGCAAGUGAUUCUGUGGACUGUGAUGUGA